UUCCUUGUGCUCUGUGUGGCCUCCCUCGCUAUAAAUAGCCAACACUAGAAGCAUUCCAAGUGCUGAGUUAAAAAUUUUAAGGGAGGAGGAGAGCAGCCUACAAUAUUAGCACCAUAGAAGGGAUGGAGAUGAGUUCCUUAUUGGGGAGGACGAAGAGGGGGGAUUUGCCAACUCUGGAGAAUGGGUUGGGAGGGGAUGAGGAGGUGGAGGUGGUGAAGAUGCCGGCCAUUCCUCCACCGCAGACGCCGAGGGAGCCGAUGGAGUUCUUGUCGAGGUCGUGGAGCGUGUCGGCCUCGGAGAUCUCCAAGGUGCUCCUCGCCGGCAACAAGAAGAGGAACUUCGUCGUUGAUCGCCUACCGGACAUGAUGAUCCCGGAGAACUUCGUUCUCACUGCUGCUGCUGCUCAAACUCAGCACAGACCAUGCACUGCUUUAAACUCAAUCAUCACACACCAUGCAACAUUUGAGAAAUGGUUCCACCACAAGGAGCCCAACUGGUUCAAAGCAACGAAGAAAGAGAAGGUUCGAGCGGAGAAAGCUCGCAUCCAUGCUGCGGUGUCAGUAGCUGGAGUAGCUGCAGCAAUUGCUGCUGUGGCUGCACGCACAAGCUCAGAGAAUCAAAACUCAAAGAUGAAUGCAGCCAUGGCCUCUGCAACCCAGCUACUCGCAUCUCAUUGCAUAGAGAUUGCAAAUCUAGCAGGAGCCAGCCAUGAGCACUUGGCCUCUGCUGUUGGUUCUGCAGUAGAUGUUAGAACCCCUGGUGAUCUGAUGACUCUCACAGCAGCAGCAGCAACAGCAUUACGAGGAGCUUCAGCAUUGAAAUUGAGAGUGCAAAGAGAAGCAAGGAACAAUUCAGCAGUCAUCCCUUAUGAAAAGGGCCACUUUGGGAGCCCAGAUAUCUGGUGCAAGGAAGGUGAGCUGCUCAAACGCACAAGAAAAGGGACCUUACAUUGGAAAAGAGUGUCGGUAUACAUCAACAAGAAGUCACAGGUCAUAGUAAAGCUUAAGAGCAAACACAUCGGAGGUGCACUUUCAAAGAAGAAAAAGAGUGUUGUUUAUUGUGUAUAUGAUGAGGUUCCAGCAUGGCCAGGGCAUGAAAGGGAUUGUGCUGAAGAGAGAUGCUAUUUUGGUCUGAGAACAGCUCAAGGACUAAUAGAGUUUGAAUGUGAGAACAGGACUAGUAAACAGAAGUGGGUGGAUGCCGUACAAAAUCUGCUUCGACAAGUAACUGGUAGUGCAGAGCACGUAGAGCACCCUAUGGAAGUAUUAAAACUCAGUUAGUGUAGUCUAUCUAGCCAGUCUUGUCCACAAAGGCAAUAUGUAGAAAACGGGGAAGUAUAUAGAUAUGAAGCAAAGAAAUUUUGUUGUUUCUCUA